AUGUCGUCCCCUGGUGCUCUCAAACAUGCACACUCCGAGUCUGGCGACGAGGCCUCCCCAGCGAAGCCCGCCAAGGUCAAAAAGACAGACCGAGAGAAGCACAUCGAUCUACAAGAUGAACUUCGUCGAGAAAUGUGCGACGAUAUGAGGGAUUAUUUGAAAAAAUUCCGAGUCGAGACCAAAACGGCCACCCAGAAGCUCUCGGAGUGUAACUGGGCUCUCUAUGUCUCUACCCAAGUCAACGAGAAGCUGGCGAGAGAGAACGCCGUUCUACAAGAACACAUCGGCAUGCUAGAAGCCAGACUCAGUGAGAAGGAGGACUAG